AUUGAAUGUGAAUGUGUUGCUCAGGCUGUCUCCUCACUGGCUGACUCAGUCUGGCAGCAGUGCUUGCCGUUUCACAUCCACAUUCGCAUUCAAGAAGGCACGAAUUCAUCGGUCCAUCCAUAUGUAUGCCAACGUCGGCAACCUAUCCAAGAAUGCUUUUUCUCCUGAACCACCAUGAGUGCUCCUGAAUGACACAGGGCAAAAAGACACACAGCAUGGCUCUGUUCCUGCCUGUUCUCUGCCCAUUUCGCUGCAGACUUACACUUAUCUCGAAGACAACGGUGUCCAGAAGGCCGCUGAAGGCGAGGAUGCCGCCCAAAGUGGCAAAGCUCUUUGUUACAAACUCCCACAGGUCCCUUCUCGUCUCAUGCACGCGCACCACGAAGGGCGUGAAAGAGUAUGAAAGGUGGAGGCCGGGCGAUGAGCCCAUGGGCGACUCGGCCGGAUGAGAGACGUGCGACGAUGCCGGCAUGUCCAGGAUUUUAGAGCUCUCCAAGACCGACACCUGAAGACGAGAAAGAAUGUGCCUUGAUGCUUGUGGACGAGAGCAUGUUGUGUACGGGGCAGCGCACCUGAUAGGAAUGUACGGGGGCCGCUUUGCUCAGGGGGUAAUACUCUGUGGGGAUGCCUUUGAGGUGGUAGACGUAGCGCAUUGGAGGAUACCCACUCGGACCUGGCACACAUAAGUACGCCAGCCGGUCAGCAUCGUGUCUGUCUCGCUCCUCCUCUGUUUGUGGCCUCACCUAUCGGCCCUCUGUGGAGGUGCCUGUUUGGCUUGUCCGUCAGGGCCACAUUGUUGUGCACACUUCCGUCCCCGGGCAGCUCAGGGCCCAUUGUCAAGACAUCCACCCGAUGGCUGAACGGACACAUUCAGCUUUCAUAGGCAAGCGCAAUCGACAGCUGUGCCAAACUCUCACCUCCAGUUGAGAAAUAGCGCCUCUGGCAGCAGCUGGCGUGAGCCGUGGUAGACCGGCGUGUUCAUGCCUGGUGCAGCACCUGUGUCUCGGACAGAGACUGUCAGAUGACCUGCCCGCUGCACAAGACGACAUGGAUGAAGAGCAAUGAGGCCGAAUGAAUGGACUGAGAUCACACUUGUGCACGCGCACCUUCGGAACAAGGAAGAAGACCUCCAGCCGGCACCCAUCAUAGCUGUUGAGCCCGUGUGAAUCAUCAGGCGCAUCCAAGGAAAGCUUGAACAUCUCUGCGUGCGGCUUGCGCCUCGCCCUGGCCUUCAUCCGGCCUGUGCGGCCCCAAUGUACGUCAGUAUGGCUCCCCUUCGGUAGUCGAUGGGGCUUGACAAACGACAGCAUAUUGCUGCGACUCUUAGUGUCGACGGCAGUCAGCUCGAGCACUGCAAAAGGACAAGUAAGGCGCAGCAGAAUCCAUGGGUGGGCGGUUCUGCACUGUGGCUGCAUCAUCUGACGUUCGCAAGGGAUGUGUGGGAAGGAAACAUUGAGGAAGAUGUCCACCAGCUGCGCCUCCUCAUUGACGCCGCUCUCUGCAUCUGGAGGCGGCCUGGUGUCGACGACCAUCUCUUCCUUCAGAUGCACCUCCAUGAAGAAGCCCAGCUCCGAGAAGAAGAGGCUGAGGAUGAUGGCAGCUGAGAAGAGCGUGAGCACCCCAGAGAACGCGGUGUUGAUGCAUAGAUCAGCUGCAGGCUUGGUGAAAGAGUCCAGCGCGGAAAGGCCCAUCGCGAUGUGUCAAAGAAAGAGAGAGGACGGGGGAGAUGCAGUGCAGAAGGAGGAGG